AUGGCUCUUGCUUGCCGAAAUCGAUUCGCAAGUCAACCAGGACGGACAGUGAAACCACAAACACCGGCUGAUGUUACUCGAUCACCAGUAAUUAAAAAGAAUAGUGAGAAGCCGUUAACCCCUACUUCCAAAGAUAAUUUCUCAAAUAAACCACAAUCAAAUAUACAUGCAAGAAAACCAGACAUCGUAACAGGGUUAGCAUCAGUAGUGCUUCCGAGGCCUACCGGUGAACCUAAAGCCAGUGCAAUGGGACAAUCGCCACUAGACAGUGUACCUACUAGUCAAUCUGAAAUAUUCUCCACCACUUCUUUGUUCGAAGAUAAAUCACAUAUCACAAAUGAGAACUUGAAAUUCUCCGAUAAAACUCCAAAAUCUAUUUCAACAGAUGCGAACUUACAAUCGAAUAUUUCAAAUCCACGUCUGGUAUCUUCUCCACGUGUGCAACCUACACAACCAACAGUACCUUUCCGUGUACCCAAAACAGUACCAAGUGACCAUAUUCAAAAUUCAUCGCUUGCAAACUCGUUAGCUAACACGUACCAACAUGUAAAAUCUCACAUCGUAGACGUUAGUGAGGCUCUCACUCGUGACCCUGUUAUACGUCGAGAUGUUUCUACAAUGUUCAACGAAUUCAAUAUUAUCUUGUGUGGUUCACCGCGAGUUGGAAAGAGUACUCUGAUCAAUGCCAUAUGCCAAAAGCAAUUGGCUAAAACAAGUGCCGGACUUGAUGCCUGCACGAAAAUAAUCUCUCGUUAUGUUCUUACAGGUAGCCACGAAAUUGACUCUGAAAUAAUCAACUAUCAAUACAACUUUUGGGAUACCCCAGGGUUCGAAAGUUGGAGUAAAAAGGACAUUCGGGAAAAUUUAGAAGCAAUUUUAAAAAAACCAAAAUCAGAUAUACUGUGCAUGAUUUAUAGUGCGUCACCGGGUAGUCACGCAAAACUUGAACAGCUAGACUGGCUACUACAUGAAUGUAUGGAGAAACAAAUAUUUUGUGCUCUUGUGUGUACGAACAAAUGGGGUGGACAGAAAGAACAACGAGACGCUGUUAUGCACGAUUUUCAAACGCUACUGGCAAAAUACCACCCUGAAACUCGAAAAGAAAAUGGUGUUAUCUACUUUGGUAAUAUGGGACUGUGCACAACGGUAAAUAGCCAGAAAUUUGAAGAUGAAGAUGCAGGCAAAAGUUUCGAGCAAUCCGGUGUUGAUGAACUCAUUUUUGGUAUUAUGGAAUCGCUCGACGACGAAAAAGUUAUACAGUGGUGUAUGGUAGUGUUUGAGAACAAAUCUUUCUGGAAGAAUGCAUUUAAUUUUCCGGAAAAACUGAAAGCAUCGAAAACGGGCACACAAUUGGGUACAAGUCAAAUGAAAAUGAAACUAUCCAACAAACAAACGAAUCGAUAUCGCCACUUAAGAGAUUCACUUGUUCAUGAACCAUCAAUUGCGAUUGUUCUUCAACAGAAAGAAAUGGAACAACAUGAUAAUCUAUAUAAAGAAUUUGAACCAAAAUAUUAUCAGCCUGACUACUAUUUAAACAAGUCGGAAAGACCCACCAAAGUCACGGUAGGGAAACCAAGCGGUCUUGAGAAAAAAUCUAAUAGUGUCCGUAUACCAGUGGGUAACCAUCACUUUAAUCAACUAUGCGAGGCUCUUGGGAAACGAUUAUCACUGCCAGCGUCUGCUUCUUCACAAACACUUUCAACAUCACAAUCGAUUAACAAUAAUGAUACCGAAACAGAAGAUAAAAUUCGAAGAUUAUUUUAUGAUGCAGACGUUAAUCAUGAUGGUUAUGUCGACGAACACGAAUUUCUUAAUUUAAUGCAAAAAUUGGGUAUAUCUGAAGAAAGUGCACGAUGUGAAUUUGAUAAAAUAAUCAAAAAAGAUGAAGCACGAUUAACUAUUGAUGAAUUUUAUCACUUUCUGUUAUCAAGAAUCACCGAUAAAUCAAAGUUAGAUUCAAAUUUAGACAACAAACAAAACGAUGCACAUCGUGUAGAGGAGUUUAAAUGUACGCUUGAACGACAAAUAUCAGAGAAAUUAGAAAAUAAUGAAGAGUUUUCAAUCCGAAUGCGAAUUAUAUUGGAAAAUAUUGAUGGUAAUAAAAUAUCUGAAUAUUUAGCACAACGUUGGAUCAACUUCAAUAAUUUUCGAAGACUUGGUAAAAGUGGUAGUUUGGUUCUGACAGGUGAGUGA